AUGGCGAAGAAGAAGGAGAAGGCGGUGAACGUGUCAGGCAAGCCGCGGCACUCGAACGACGUCAACCGCCCCAAUGACAAGAAGGGCGCGGGCGGCGGCGCCGGCGGCGGGAGCCGGUCCGCGGCCACCGUGCGGCGGCUCAAGAUGUACAAGACGCGGCCCAAGAGGGACCGCUCCGGGAAGGUGCUCAGGAACGACUUCCAGUCUAAAGAGCUCCCCAACACCCGCAUCGAGCCCGACCGCCGGUGGUUUGGCAAUACUCGCGUUGUGGGCCAGCCACAGCUUGAAAUGUUUCGGGAGGAACUCCAGAGUCGGCUUUCCGACAACUUCAGUGUCAUCCUGAAAGAACGGAAGCUGCCACUAUCGCUCCUGCAAGAUCAUCAAAAGCAAGCGAGGGCACAUCUUCUUGAUGUUGAACCUUUUGAACAUGCUUUUGGGCCAAAGGGCAAGAGGAAACGCCCGAAACUAACUGCUCUUGACUAUGAAUCUUUGCUGAAGAGAGCUGAUGAUUCCCAAGAUGUAUUUGAGCAAAAGUAUGCUUCAUCAAAGUUGCCAAGGGAGGAAGAAGAAGACGGCUUACGGGAUCUAGUGAGGCAUACAAUGUUUGAGAAGGGACAGAGCAAAAGAAUCUGGGGUGAACUAUACAAAGUUAUUGACUCUUCGGACGUUGUUGUGCAGGUGUUGGAUGCUAGGGAUCCAAUGGGCACUCGAUGCUACCAUCUAGAGAAACAUCUAAAAGAGAAUUGCAAACACAAACACUUGGUUUUCUUACUAAAUAAGUGUGAUCUAAUUCCUGCUUGGGCUACAAAAGGAUGGUUAAGGACCCUUUCGAAGGACUAUCCCACCUUAGCAUUCCAUGCAAGCAUCAACAAGUCUUUUGGCAAAGGAUCUCUUCUGUCAGUAUUGAGGCAGUUUGCUCGUUUGAAGAAUGACAAACAAGCUAUUUCUGUCGGGUUUGUUGGGUACCCCAAUGUUGGAAAGUCAUCAGUUAUUAACACACUACGGUCAAAGAGUGUUUGCAAGGUUGCUCCAAUUCCUGGAGAGACAAAAGUGUGGCAGUACAUCACUCUCACUAAAAAGAUAUUUUUGAUUGAUUGUCCUGGUGUUGUAUAUCAGAAUAAUGAUUCAGAAACUGAUAUAGUUCUGAAGGGUGUGGUGCGAGUGACAAAUUUGGAGGAUGCUGCUGAGCACAUUGGUGAAGUUCUUAGGCGUGUUAAAAAGGAGCAUCUUCAAAGAGCGUACAAAAUUCAAGAAUGGUCUGAUGAUAACGAUUUUCUUGUCCAGCUGUGCAGGACUACUGGAAAACUUCUCAAGGGUGGGGAGCCUGAUCUGACAACAGCAGCCAAGAUGGUACUUCAUGACUGGCAGAGGGGUAAAAUUCCCUUUUUUGUACCCCCUCCGCAGCAAAGUGAGGAUGGUGCAUCUGAAAGUGCUGAACCUGUUGGGAAAACCGAAGAGGACGGAGUAAGCAGCGACAGGACUGCCGCUGCCAUGAAAGCCAUUGCAGGAAUAAUUUCAUCACAGCGGAACAUGAAUGUACCCUACCACAAGGAACACAAUGCAGACAACGAAGACAUUGAGAGUGCAGAUAACGAAGACAUUGAGAGUGCAGACAAUGACGAGCAUGCAGAGCAAUCUGAGUGA